AUGUUAAAAUUGAAUGUGACAUUAUCAAGAAAAGUGCAGGUGAAAGAAGAGAUGAAGGCUGAUUAUCUUGAUACAAUUGCACGCCUUGAAUCUGUUAUUGCUCAGCUUCAGGAAGAAAAGCCACCAACGAUCUCAAAUGUUAAGGACAGUUCCAUAUUGUCAUCCUGUCGAAUUGAUGAUUCUGAAACAGAAGACGUGGAAGUUGCUUUAUUGACUGAAGAGCUUAAUGAGAAACGUGUAGCUCAGCUCAGUUGA